GCACAGGUGAUUGGUUUCUUAAUAUGCCGGACAGACAUGCAUUCAGAAGCUUGGUUGCACUUCCAUCAUAUCCUUGUUGAACCUUUUUGACUUCGUAUCCUCAGUUCGUGCACUUCUCUUGUCUAGCAACGUAACAACAGGUCGCAGCUAUGGCUGUCGAACAGAUCUUUGGAACACUUCCUUUGCACUAUGUACAACAUGGCAUAUCAAAGUACGGCACCGGGACCGUCAUCAUGGCCCUCGUGGUCACUGUUGUUGCCGCAGUGCUUGCAGACUAUGCACGGAUGCUCUACUUGAGGAGUAAAAUGCCUCCGGGUCCAUUGCCUCUCCCCAUCAUCGGCAACACGUUCUCCCUCCCGGAUAAGAAGCCAUGGUUAUACUUUGAAAAGCUCUCCAAGCAAUACAACAACCCACUCAUAACCUUCUGGAUAGGACGUCACCCUACCGUUUGGAUCAACGAUGCCUGGACAGCCAACGAGCUUCUUGACAAGAGAGCUGGCAUCUACUGCUCCCGUCCCCGCAUGGUCGUCUUCGCCGAGCUCCGCGCCGGCCAAAACAACCUGGUCAACAUGAUCACCACGACUCCCGCCCAACGUGACCGCUUCCGCAUCCAACGCAAGCUCAUGCACCAAGGCGUCGGCAUUCAGCAAGUCCAGCGAUACCGCUCGUUCCAGAACGACGAGAGUAAAGUCGUGGCUUAUGAUCUAUUGAAGAACCCAGAGGACUAUGUAGCACAUUUCGAAAGAUAUGCGACGAGCGUGGUCAGUAUCAUUGGGUUUGGGCGAAGGGUGGGCGACCCUCAGGAUCCGAUUAUCACGGAGGUGAUUCAGGUGAUGCAUUUGGCGGCGGAUCUGAAUGUGCCCGGGAAGACGUUUCCGAUGUUGAUGGAGACGUUUCCGAUUCUCGCCAAAGUCCCCGACGCUAUCGCCCCCUGGAAACGGGGUGUAGGCCGAAAAAAUGGAUCCCACCGCGGCCAGGACUUCUUCUACUCCCUCGCCCACGAAGCCGCCACGCAACCGGGCCACGACGACUGCUACGCCAAACACCUCUUCAAAGCCGCCCCUCAAUACAACCUCCGCCCACAAGAAAUCUCCGCAUUGGCAGGCAACCUCUUCGGCGCCGGCUCCGACACGUCCUCUAGCACCCUCAUCACCGCCAUCCUCGCCAUGCGCGCCUUCCCGGAAACCCUCCUCCCGGCCUGGGAAGAACUAGACAGGGUCGUGGGCUCCGAGCGUUCCCCAACCUUCACAGACGACGCUUCCCUCCCCUAUGUGCGCGCCUUCGUCAAGGAAGUCUUCCGCUGGCGCAGCGUUGCCAUUAUCGGCGGCCAGCCCCACGCGCCCGUGCAAGAUGACUACUACAACGGGUAUCUCAUCCCCAAGAUGACGUGGGUGCAGGGGAACGUGUGGGCGAUCCACCAUAACGAGCGUGAAUUCCCCGAGCCGGAUCGAUUUAAUCCCAAGAGGUUCCUCAAGGGGGACGAGGCCUCUAGACCGUUUCCCGGUGAGAGGGGCUACAUGACGUUUGGCUGGGGGAGAAGGGUGUGUUCGGGACAGGCGUUGGCGGAGCAGGGGACGUGGGUCACGGUUGCGAGGUUGUUGUGGGGGUUCAAGAUUGAGCCUGCGGUGGACGAGAAGGGGAAUGAGAUUCCGGUGGAUAUCUUUGCUUAUACAAAUGGGCUGAAUAUGCGGCCUCAGCCGUUCAAGGUCAAGAUUACGCCCAGGAGCGAGGCUAUACGGCAGACGAUUAUUCGGGAGGGGGAACAGGCUCUUGCGGACUUGGCGCAGUAUGAGGGCGAGACGAAGUAUAGGAUGAGUACGUUUUACACGAAGUGAUGAAUGUCAUGUCAACUUUAGAAUAGAAAUAUCCACAUUUAAAC